AGCAGUGCUCAACCCGCUUCCUUAGUGAGUAAAAUUCACUCACUCACUCUCACUCCACACACAGACUCUGUAUUGUUCAUGAGAGCUCCAAGACCCACUAUAUUCAAUUGGCAAGAUUUAUAGUUAACCUGUCGAGUGCAUGUUGAGUUCGUUAGUCUCGUGAAGACUUACUGAGAUGUGUGAAGCUCUAGAACUGAGAGGAGAAUGUGAUAACCUUACUGAGUGAUGAAGCCAGGCUAAGGGACUCGACUCUGCUGUUUCCACACAUUUUUAAGGUUUUUUCGUACGCCCUAGUACAAGCCUGAGUUAUGUACAGAAAAGUGAGGAGAAAGUCAUCUGGAGCAAGUGUGGGAGAGUACCUAUAUACUAUAUAGUGUUGGUGUGUGAGUCAGGAUGAGGCGGGUGCGGGCGGUAGUGUGGGUACUGAUGGCUCUCGCAUUGUUCACCUGCAUCGCCUCCGUCAGGCACUUCAUACUCUCCUCCUCCCUCCAUCAUCCCAGGAUACCAUACUCUGCCAUUAUCCCAGCAUCUGCAGAAAUUGACACACUAUCUAAUGUGGGAUAUGAAAUGAAACAGCGAAAAAGUGCCGCAAAGAAGGCAUGUCCCGCAGAUUUCUGGCAAGACACUGUUGGUUCUGGACUGUCUGAUGUCGAAGAUCCCAUCACGGAGGAAUUAGUUGCAAACACAAAAAUGCUCAAUAACCUUAUUGUUGAUGACAAGAAUCAUGUCUUAUACUGCUAUGUUCCUAAGGUGGCUUGUACAAACUGGAAGCGGAUAAUGUUGAUACUGAUGGGUGGGACAAACUUUACAGAUCCACAUUCCAUUCCCUCCGACAGUGUUCACCGUAAGAAUGUGUUCACAAAACUUGGAGAUUUAGAGCCUCGGGCCAUUCGUCAUCGUCUUCACACAUAUACAAAGUUUCUCUUUGUCCGUCACCCAAUUGAAAGAGUUGUUUCUGCAUUCAGAAACAAAUUUGAAAAAAAUUAUACUUCGUCUUCUUACUUCAAAAAGCGCUUUGGUGUCAAAAUUAUCAAGAAAUACCGGAAAGGCAAUGAUCCAUCUGACAUUCCAGAUAGUGGUCAUGGUGUGAAGUUUUCCGAGUUUGUUUCCUAUUUAAUAGACACCAAACCUGAUCAGUUCAACGAACACUGGGCUCCCAUGUCAUCUAUUUGCCAUCCAUGCUCAGUCAGAUAUCAGUUUAUCGGGAAAUAUGAAACACUAGCAGAGGAUGCUGAAUACAUCUUGAGGCGGGUUGGAGCCCCACCAUCGCUUCACUUCCCCAGUGUUAUUCCAUCCAAGACUACAGCUUAUGUUGAGCCUUAUUUUGAUACUCUUUCUAAAAAACAACAACAGGACUUUAUUAAGAUUUAUGAAAAUGAUUUCAGAGUAUUUGAUUAUCAUUUUAGAGAUCUUAUUUAAUUACAGUUCUGUGUAACUUUUUUUGAUUCUGUUAUUUUAGCAGCUUUGACCAACAUAUCAUGAAUAGUUCUUGGUUGAGACUAUUCAUGUAUAUUCCAUUAGUCUUGAGUUAAGAUCAGCUACUGUACUGUAUAUAAAUACUACUGCUAUAUCAAAAUUAUCAGUUCAAGAUAUUUCUGCAUCGAAACUAACAGUACAUUUCCUUCCCUGUAGAUGAACUGUAGGUGUCAAAUAGAUUGACAGGUUCAUCCAAGAAGUUACAGUAUCUACAAAAAUAGUUUUGUGCAUCUAAUCAUUGUUAAAAAUAUUGUCCUAACCAGCCAAGAGUAUGAUACCUGUCGUACUUUAUUACGAUGAUUUUUUUUUUUAUCAAUCCAUUAAUAAAUGACAUUUAGAAACUAAUACUGCUUAAGGCUUAAGUUAAAGUUAAUGUGUGCCUUUUUUAGAGUACAGUAUUUUAAAUUAAUAAAAUAGGUUUUGCUCUUUUUCACACAGGAUUUUUAGUUAGGCAUAACUAAAAGGUAAUGAUGUAUUUAAAAAUUCACCUAAUAAUAUAUAUUAGCAAUUAAUACCUGUGUAAAGUAUAAAUCAAAGGCAAUCCUCAUCUGUAUGCAAUGUUGCACUGCAGUGUGAUCCCUCGGAACAAUAGGCCUCUUAUUUAGUUUACCGAUAUGAGGCCAGUCAUUAUUAUUCAUGUGAAUUUUUCUCUAGAAACCAUAAUUAUUAUUUAAGCUAAUGAAACCUGUGAUGCUUUUAUUUUGAAAUCUUAAAUAUUAAAUAUUAAAAAUU